GAUAGAGAGAUAUACUACUGGUGGGCUGGGUGCCCUGGCCUGGCGCCGUGUUCGAUCCAAAUCGAGAUUCCAUACUCGCGACAGCGAGAUCCAAAUCGAGAUUUCUCGACCUAGGUCUCGUCAAGCCACGAGUCAGCUGAUGCUCAAUCGGGUGAUGUCGAUGCAGCGGGAAACUCGUCGCCUGCAAAUCCAACCCCAUGAUGGACCAGCUGAUUCAAUGCUUCACAGAAAGGACUCAAACUGCACACAAGACCAUUGUUCCCAAGGUGGUGAAACACAAUGCCCUGGGCCACAUCUUCCAGAGAAAAUUUCUUCUGCGGUGACACAGUUAUCUCCAUCCUUAUUUGUUUUGCACUUCUAUAUAACAGAGAUUGACGGAUAUCUGGUGUCAUAUAUUCUCCCUACUGCCAAUGCAAGAUGCUGCUCGAGCUGCCUGCGUGUCUCAUGCAUUUAAACGUUCUUGGAGAUGCUAUCCAAACCUUGCUUUCAAUAUGAAAGCACUGGGCGUGGAUGAAAGAUCAUGUGGAGAGGAUGAAAUAGUAACAAAUUUCACCAGCAAAGUUGAUAACAUUUUGAAAAAUCACUCAUGCAUCGCCAUCAAAAAACUCGAGAUUGUUUUCCGUUAUUACGAUGACAAGGUAUGUAACCUUGAUAGCUGGCUUCAGACUGCUAUUACACCAGGGAUUGAAGAACUCACUGUUCAGCUAUCUACAAAGUCACGAAAGUAUUAUAACUUUCCGUGGUCACUUUUGGCUAAUGAGAAUGGGAAAUUGAUUCAGUAUCUAAAGCUUUCUUGUUGUGCUUUCUCUCCCACUGUCGGGCUGUGCUUGAAAAGUUUGUCAAGACUUGAGCUAUUUGAUGUUAAUAUUACGAGGGAUCAGAUGGGGUCCCUUCUUCACAACUUUUUUGCUUUGCAACGGAUGCAACUCAAGAAUUGCGAUAACAUAACUUGCUUAAAGAUGCCAUUUCAUCUGCAACACCUCAAAUACCUGGAAGUGUUUCACUGCAGCAGCCUGAAGGUUAUAGAGAUAGAAGCUCCAAACUUAUCUAAUUUUCAAUUUAUGGGUCUCCGCCAAGUACAACUAUCACUUGGAGUAGCAUUGCAAUUCAAGAAGUUUGACAUGUCCUUCCCCGGUGUUGUCAGUUAUGCAUGCACUAAUCUUUUGUCCAACUUGCAAUAUGUUGAAGCUCUUUCUCUAUGUUCACGUCGUGAGAUAAUUGAUACACCAGUGUUACCUAGCAAAUUCUUACAUCUCAAGCACUUGAGUGUUGAUCUUAAUGCAAUGACAUUUUCCCCGACCUACGACUAUUGUUCUCUAAUAUCCCUUUUUGAUGCUUCUCCUUCCUUGGAGACCCUUGUCCUGAAUGUGUUGCAGAGAAAGAUGUUGCACGAAUCAAUCGUCGGAGAUACAUCAAAUUUGAGGCAGAUGCCAGGACACCGCCAUGAUAGGCUUAAGACAGUGAAGAUCAUUGGUUUCUCCUCUGCGAAGAGCGUAGUAGAGCUAACAUGCCAUAUCAUUGAGAAUACGGCAUCACUUCAGUGCCUUACAUUGGACACCACAACAGGACAUCCUUGGCAUAGCUGUUUGACCAACUAUAGUGGAAAGUGCUUGGUGUUGCACGUGGAUUUUCUGGUGGAAGUUGGUAAAGGGCUCUUGGCUAUCAAGACAUACGUUGAGCCAAAAGUUCCCUCAAGAGUCAAGCUAAAUGUUGUGGAGCCUUGCCGCCGAUGCCAUGAUCUUGAACCGCUGUCAUGAUCUCGAACUUCAUAUGCAAGUCAUCAUAAGUACCCUACGGUUCCUGUAUAAGUUAAACUGGAACCUUGCUGCUGCUGCUGCUGCUAGCCGGGUUAUGUUCCCCAAACCCAAUGCUUAACAUGUACUCCCUCCGUUCCUAAAUAUGUCUUUGUAGAGAUUCCAUUAGGUGGACUACAUACGAAGCAAAAUGAAUGAAUCUAAACUUAAAAUGCAUCUA